CCGCCAGCAUCACCGGCAGGAUCGGCUCCUCUUAUAUCUCCGUUAUCAGGGGGCAAGGAAUGGAAUCGAUUUAGGAGAAUUUCUUCGUCUGAUGCAUAUCAGGGAACAGUUGAAGGGGGGUCAGCAAAGAGUCACUCUUCACCUUAUCAGGUGUGAGCUCUAUUGAGCUUUUGAUCUUUAGGGAUUGAGGAGACAAGAGAGAGUGAAUCAGAAGAAUGUGAAGGAAGCAGAUGUGGGUGUGCAUCCUUCUAGAUCUAUAUGUUUGUGUGUGUGUCUAUCUAUAUCUAUCUAUAUUUAUGUAUGUAUGUAUGUACGUAUGUACGUGUGUAUGUAUGUUUGUGUCAAGUGUCAAGACAAGUUGGCCGCGGUGUAUGAUUCUGCUGUGCUGUGGAGCUUGAGUUGAAGAGCGCUUGUGAUGGUAAAGCUACUGUAGAAAGCGGCUAACACGUGUUUUGUUUUUUUGGAUAUCAAUAAAAGUGUUUUGUAUUUUCAUGCAACCUGUUUAAUUAUUGCUUCACUGUGCUAUUUGAAAA